ACUGUGGCCCCUCCAUACUUCAGUUAACUAGAGACUCUGUAUAGCAGCGGUCGACUCUCUGACACCUCUCUUCAGCGAUCAAUCGUAUUUCAUUUAUCAUUUGUGGAAUUUAUCAGUGUAGUUCUGUGUGUAGUGCGUAAGGAAUUUAAUUGUGUAUAGGUUGGCUCGUUCCGCGGUCAAUAACGUCACUAUAACCCACUGCAGAUAUUGCUGCAACAUUUAAUAGUGGAACUGGCUAUUUCAUAACGUUUCCGGAAAGAUCGGCAUAAUGAAGAGAAGUAGAAGCUUCACCAGUGGCUGGUGGGUUGUAUUGCUCACGGCGACCUUAGCAGUAUCAGUGACCGGGGACGCCGGCGUGGGACUGUUCAAUGCAAAGCUGAAGCAAAUAGUUACAUCUAGCACCCUCAAAUGGGUCAACCUGAAGAAGGAAAUGAUGGAAAACUAUAUCGUUGGCGCCGAAUCAGAAGAAGGACCAAUAUACCUGUGCAGAACUAGACAUGAAGGCGACAUGCUGCUGGGACAACUCCGACCUGCAUAUACAUCAUGUGCCGUAUCAGGAACUAAGAGUUAUGACUUAUUUGAAGUGAUGGAAAAUCUUGAGAAUGCAUCACUGAUCAUUUGGGAACCCUGGUAUAAGUUUAACUCCAAGCCGAGUGGCGCAGUAGCAGUAGAUUCCUCCUUGGACUCUACAUUUAUUGGUCGAAUAAAAGCAGACGGUAAAUUCUCACAUAAUAUUGGAAGAAUAAAUUACGAGAGUACUGUAGGAGAAUUGAUUUCAUUCGAUGAGCAUAACACCGAAUUAAUAGAAAAUCACGGAGAAAUUCUGAUAGAAGUGGAGCCAGUAAGCUAUAAAUUGGAAGAUGUCCAGCUAGAUCUAGAUACACAGCACGUGCGACAAACUGAUCCUGAGGUGUUUGAAGAAAGGGUUUUGCGAAACGACGAUGUCGUUGCAGCUACAGUUACAACAGAAAUUGAAUAUAAAUACAAUUAUACAUUAUCUUGGGGACACGGCCACGGUAUUGCCAUCGGUUUGAGCACUACUAUAGAAAUGAGUGAUGGAACAAAGUUCCCCCAAAUAGAAUGGGCAAAUCCCUUCACUGAACAAAAGAAAGAACUUUUUAAGCUGGAGAAAUUUUUAGAGCCGGGCACAGCGUGUAAUGUUACCUUUAGAGGCAAUCAAACUGAUCGCGAUGUUCAAUAUACUGCCAAACUAACAACAAUUUACAAGAACAAUAAUGCUCGCUCUAGACAGAUGAGAGGUGAAAGGAUUGAAAACACUGUUGAAGUGGAAGCGAUCUAUGGUGAAGUUUAUUACCUGGUUAAUAACACACUGGUUCCGACGACGACAACAACAACCACAACAACGACAACGACGACGACAACGACAACUCAAGCUCCUCCACCACCACCGUCGCUCAUUGAAAAGAAUGACAUCGGCAUGAUUAUGGACAGCAACAGUGUUCUAGACGACAGCGGCGAAGACAUGGUGAAAGGACCCCAGGAAAAAGAAGACAUUCACAGAUCAGUCGUUGGCGGUCUGGGCAGCACUCCCAAUAACAGCGCUGAAUAUCAAAUUCUUUCUAUUGCAGCUCUUAUUCCCGCAUUAGCACUGUUACUAUAAAAUUAUUGGUUUUUGUUGUAAAUAAAGAGAAUUUAUAUAUAAUAUUAUUGUCACAGUAGUUGCUUGAAGUUGACGUAUUGUUGGACAUACAGGCUUUACGGCGUUUGCGGUUCAAGACAGCUUUCGCGACUUUAUAGAUAUUGUACAUAAAAACCUAAUCGUAGAACAUUCCCUUUGAAUUAUUCCAUUCCAAUUGUGUACAUUUGAAGGAGCCAAACAUAUUAAUGUAAAUAGGUUUUGUACAUAGUUAAGUUUUUGUCGUAGUCGCACAGCGGCCUCGACGUUGCGGUGAAGUUCGAAUGACAUCGCUGAAAAGAGCAGCUCGUAUCAGUAUGAUUGAAGAUCGUUACCAGCAACCAUCGUAUACCGUUUUCAUAUACAUUGAAAAUGUUUAAUUUAAUUUGUUACAGUCUCUUUUAAAUAUUAUUUAUUUAAUUAUUUUUAAAUAAUUGACCUUUUUGAUCAAUUAGUUUUACUACGGGGUGAUAUUUCAAACCACAUUUAUUUAAGCCUUCAUAAAUCUGAAGAAAUUGUAUGAUUAUAUAUUCUAUACAUUUAUUUGCCUAUUAUAAUUAAAUAUAAAUUAAUUGUUAUAGUUUUACUAAGCAUUGUAUAUUCUAAAAGAGAAUGUCAGGUGAUAUUCAUAUCUUUGAAAUAAUAUAAAAUUAAUUUAACUCUUCAUAGAUAUGAUAAAGAUAUAAUUAUUUUGGUUGCAGCUGUAUCAGUUUAGUAGUGAAUGCACAAAGAUCAUUUUCUUUAAAAAAAUAUUUUAAUUGGAAUUCCACGAUGAAUAAACUCUGUAGUACCGAUUCUGAGCUAUCUAAACUCAGAGAGUAAAAUAAAAUUAGCAUUAAUAAACUCAUUUUAAUAGUAUCCUCAUUAAAAAAUGAUAUCGUAAAUGGAGGCGCGCGGCCGCUCCAGCCUGCCUUGUGCUUGAAUACAGCUAAGUCCCCGUACCACAAAACUAUGCGCGAAACGUAAAAAAUAAACGACAGUCGCUCUCGCGGGACGCUAUUUAUCACCACUCGGCGAACACUACUAUAAUGGCAACUGCCACAUUCUUCACUGGUCUGUUGAUAUCUAAGUAAUUUGUAUGAACAUUUAUCCAUUUAAGUAAUAGAUUAUAAUUACGAAUAAAGCUUAGCAUUCUUGUGUAAAGAAAUGAAUGAUAUUUUUGUAUGAGAAUGUAGCGUACUAGAAAUUAAGUGAAUCAUUGUGUGUAUUUACCCUUACUUCAGUAUUUUGUCAAAUCACAUUUUGUAGAGAUUGUGUACUGUGUAACCUCACACCAGAAUCUCAGUUUUAUCACUAUCCCACCUAGUUAUACAGUUAGUAUUUAGAGUUACAUUAUAUAAUAUAUUGAACUAAUUUUACCUACGUGUAUUUCAUGGGUGUUUUGAUAUUAUAUUAAUAUGUAAGAGUGCUUCGCGAUUUGUUGUAAUACAUCUUAAUGUUGUAAGGAGCAAAAAGAAUAGCAGAAAUUAAAAAAAUACUGAUGAAAGAAAGACCGGUAUUCUAGAAGCUGUUUCAAUGUUCGUUGUAAUAUUGCUUACCUGCUCAAGGAAAGCUUAAUCGUAUAGGAGAGAUUACAAUAUAAUGAAACAUGGUCUUUGAUACUGACCUAAUGCCCUCCGUAUCUUGAGUACCGUUAUAAUUCGAAAUUUAUAUUAUAAAUUGUUAUUUCACUACAAGCUAAUAAUUCUGCCAGGGGUAAACUCGCAAUAGCACCUUUAAAUGUAAUACCGAAUAGAAAGAUUGUAUAAUUUUGAAUACAAAAGAACUUGAAAUAUUUUAUAAAUAUUAUGGAAAUUAAUAUGCCACGCUGUUCAAAAUUAGUUCUUCAAUGUGUCCGCAAGAGGCGCUCAUGGUAAAUUUAUGGGUACAUCGCGUGUACGGAUGUUAGAUAACAUAUAAGUGUUUGCUUCAAGUUAUUAGCUAGUGGAACCGUUAAAUAACUUAAGAUAUUUGUUUAUGUCGUAGUUCAAGUUGUGAAUCUCAAUUAUUAUUAUGACAUUAUUGUUUUGCGAAGCAUUAUUGUGAUGUUCCAUGUAAGUUUUGUUUCAAUCAUUAAAUUAUAAUAUUAAUGG